GCUAACUCUGUUCUUUCCUUUACUGCGGCUUAGGUUAAACUGUGUUGUUGUCCGAGUUACGUCUUCUUUCAGCACUUUUUUUUGCCAUGUAAGAGAAAUAUGAGGCGAGGAUUUGAGCAGGAGAAUCUAUUUACUUUGUCUAAACAUGCUACAGAAUUUAAAAAUAAGGUUAGAAUCUUAAUUGAGAAUGAUGAAGAAAGAGUUUCAUUUUAUGAAGCCCUGAAGGGAUACCAAUCAUCAAACUCACCUGAAAAACUUGUCAGUGAACUCAAGUCAGUGAUCAAUACUCCCAAGAGAUACCCACUCUUCAGAGAAGUGAGGCAUGUGAUUAAGCCAACGGAUGCCACUACCUACCAGAAUUUGAUUCCAAAGUCACCAAGUGAUGGAAUACGUCUUAUCAAGAUGCAGCACUUUGGGAAUAAUGCCACUGGAUUUAGUGUUCGAGGAGGUAAAGAGCAUGGCGUUGGAAUCUUUGUAUCUCUUGUUUCACGGGGUUCACAAGCAGAUAUUGUUGGUUUGAAGGCUGGUGAUGAGAUUUUAAGUAUUAAUGGAUUAUACCUUGGGGAAGCUACACAUGGAGAGGUAGUCAACAUCUUAAGGUCACACAGUAAUCUUCUCCUCAAAGUAAGAAGUAAUGUUAGAAAUGGAAUACCAGGCAAAGAAGGACUGUUCAUUAUCUCAGUGACAUCUGGCUCAUUGGCUGACAAGACUGGAGCACGAAUCGGUGACCAGAUAGUGGCUGUGAAUGGCAAGAAUAUUAUGAAAUUGAGAUAUUCGGAGGCGGUCUACUUACUUAAGUCUUUUAAGGAAUUACAGCUUGUUCUCCGACAUAGCAAGGAAGCCGAAAAGUUUAUCCUGGAUGAAAUUCUCAAACAGCAGCAAGACGCUCUUCCAGAAUUUGCCAUCAAAACACAGCUCCUUACUCGAAAGGCUGAGGAAAAAGAAAGACUGGAGAAAGCCAAAGGACAAAUGCACUUUAAUCAACUGCUGCGUUCAAAGGAAAUAGAUGAAGAGGGAAAGGAAAAAGGCAACAACUCUUUGGAGGAAAAAGCAGGCAACGAAACAGAUAAAUUUAAGGAGGAAAGCCUCAGCUCUUCUCAACCUGCCUGCAAAUCCUCAGAAGUUAACAUGACACCAAACAGUGAGAAAAGAGCUGCAUUCUCAGAAACGUUAAAGUUUGAAGAUGAUGUGUUGGAGGGAAGAGAAGCACACUUUUUGUCGAUUGAAAAGGUGUCUGAAUUGGGUCUAGAGCUAGAGGAGCGUGACGGUGGAAUUUUCGUGACAGAAGUUCAAGAACAUGGUUGUGUAGCGGUGCAUGGCGGAGUAUGCACAGGAGACCAAUUGCUAAAUGUGGAAGGCACAAGUCUUUUGGGUGUCACUGUGCUGCAAGCGCACGAGGAACUGAACAAGGCUAUGAACAGGAACUCGGAAAAUAUCGACCUCGUGGUAGCCAUUUCUUUGAAGAGAGGGAACCGGCGGCCAAUCCUUAGAACCGGUAGCGUAGUGAGAAAACGGGAUCCAAUCACAGGAGCAGAAGUAUACGACACUUGGCUUUGAUUCACGCCUUAACUAAAUGGAAGGAAAGCUAAAUGAAGACAGCUAGACUAAUUUCAAAUUGAAUUUCUCUUUUUAUAGCGAAUUAUUUUGCACGACUUUGACACACCCAAACUCACUUGUAAUGUUACAAAUGACUGAACUGUUAAAAGCAAUAACUGCAUUUCUGUCUAGGCUUCAUCAAGGUUUUAUUUGUGGGAAUGCUAAAGAAAUUAGCUGCAAUUGACACUGGUUACUUUUUUGAAAAGUUAGAUAAAUCAGGCACUUUGUUCAAUUACAAACAGGAAAAGGAACCCAAUGUCGUAGGCAUAUUUAAGAUUCAUUAAUUUGUUCUUAUUUAUAAUUUUACUGAGUUUAUUUAUUGCAGACAGAGUCCGUAGACAAUAGAAGAGUUUCGUUUUCAGUGCUACAAAUAACAUGUCAAGGUUUCAGUGGUUUAGAGAGAACCUUUACCCUUUGAGCUUUUAGAGUGACUGGCAUCUAAUUUCUCCUUACAAUAUCACCCUGAAUCACACAUUAAAGAAACGAUGCUAAGGGAAAUUAUUACUAUCUAAAGUAGCUCGUGAUUGUUAAUUGAAUUUUCCUUGUCAGCACCGCAGGAAACGUUUGAUACCAGUAUGGAGAAUAUGCAUACUGAUGUUUGGGUGUGAAGGGGUUAAAUUGAAAUAUGUAAGAAUAACGGUAUUACCUGUCGUAACCCUUUUACAUAUUGAAGUCCAUUCUAUACCCCUUUUAUCCUUGGAUAACUUUAUGUCAUAAUUAAAUCCGUUGCUUUGUUGAA